AUGGAGAGAGUCAAUCACGUCAACAUUGCAAUGAUAGAAGAUGUCGGCACCAACGGGAUAGCAAGGUCAAAGGUCGUCUUGGCCAUGGACCAGAACAAGCAGCCGAUUGGCUCCACCGUGAGCUUCCACAACAUCCAUUACAAAGUGCAGCUGAAGAGCGGCUCCCUCUGCAAAAGAAAAACCAGUCCCAGGGAAAUCCUGGUCGAUCUCAAUGGGAUCAUGAGACCCGGCCUAAACGCUAUUCUUGGACCUACUGGAAGUGGAAAAUCUUCAUUUUUGGAUAUUCUGGCUGCAAGGAAGGAUCCUUCAGGUCUCUCAGGAGAAGUACUCAUUGACGGAGCACCACAGCCUCCGAACUUCAAGUGCCUCUCUGGCUACGUGGUUCAGGAUGAUGUUGUCAUGGGCACCCUGACUGUGAGGGAGAAUCUGCGUUUCUCUGCAGCGCUUCCUCCGAGCUCAGUGCCUCAGAGCGAGAAGGAGGCUCGGGUCAAUCACCUCAUCCAAGAGCUGGGUCUCACCAAGGUGGCUGACUGCAAGGUGGGCACACAGAUGACACGGGGAAUCUCUGGAGGAGAGAGGAAGAGGACAAACAUCGGCAUGGAGCUCAUUAUCGAUCCUUCAGUUCUCUCUGAUGAACCGACGACAGGAUUAGAUGCCAGCACUGCAAACUCUGUCCUGCUGUUACUGAAAAGAAUGGCCGGUCAUGGAAGAACCAUAAUAAUGUCCAUACACCAACCUCGAUAUUCCAUCUACAGGCUGUUUGACACUCUGACUCUGCUGGUUAGUGGUAAAAUGGUUUACCAUGGACCAGCGUCAAACGCUUUGGACUACUUUGCCAACAUCGGCUUCCCCUGUGAGCCCCACAACAACCCAGCAGACUUCUUUCUGGACGUUAUUAAUGGAGACUCGACAGCUACAACCAUGACCAAAAUGCUCGGAUGCCAAGAUGUGGACUUUGAGGAGCCCGGCAGCUCUCGACAGAGCAUCGAGGAGCGCUUGGUGGAGGAGUUCAGAAACAGCAGCUACUUCAGUGACACAAGAGCUGAGCUGGAGCACAUUGUACAGGAUAAGGAGUGUACUUUAUGCCCAAAAUCCCGCACCAUCACCUACAACAGCUCUUUCUUCCACCAGCUACACUGGGUGCUCAAGAGAACUUUCCAGAACCUCAUGUUGAGCCCCCAAAUAUCUGUGGCCCAGGUGGGAGUCCACAUUUUCCUUGGCCUCGUUGUAGGAGCCAUUUUCUUCGGUGUUAAAGAUGAUCAGAGUGGCAUCCAGAACAGGAUGGGUGCCCUCUUCUUCAUCACUACCAACCAGUGUUUCAGCACAGUGUCUGCAGCCGAGCUCUUCAUUAUUGAAAGGAAACUGUUUGUGCAUGAGUACAUCAGUGGCUACUACAGGGUGUCCGUCUACUUCCUGUCUAAGAUCCUGUCUGACAUCACUCUGCGCACCAUCACCUCCAUCAUCUUCAGCUGCAUUGUUUACUUUUUAAUCGGGCUCAAAUCCUCGGCAGCAGCCUUCCUCGUCUUCACGCUGACAGUGACUCUGGUGGCGUACACAGCCACAGCCAUGACCAUGGCCAUCUCAGCUGAUAAGAGUGUCGUAGCUCUCGCCAACAUCUUCAUGACCAUCACCUUCGUCUUCAUGAUGAUUUUUUCAGGUCUUCUUGUGAACCUACCCAGCAUCAUGGACUGGCUGGCUUGGCUGAAGUACCUCAGCAUUCCUCGAUAUGGCCUCGCAGCCUUGAAGAUCAACGAGUUUGUUGACUUGAAGUUCUGCGAGGAAUCUGUAAUGCGAAACACAACCUUCAUGAUUACAGAGACAAACUGCAGCAUGAGCACAGCUGGCUUGACAUGUACAGGAGAGCAGUAUCUGGACUACCUGGGGAUAGAGUACACCACCUGGGGGCUGUGGGAAAAUCAUGUGGCUUUGAUUAUUAUGACGUUUAUAUUCCUCAUCAUCGCCUAUCUGAAACUCCGCUACAUCAAGAAAUUCACCUAAAUAUGUGAUUCUGCAUGCAGGCGAGCAGAUGUUCACCAUACAUUUCUGUAUUAAAGGACUGGAACUACAUUUUUGCCGUUUGACAUGAAUUGUUGAUAGAUUUGUCAGGAAAGGUAGUUUGUUGUGUUUGGCGAGUUUUAUGCUCCCUAAUGUUGAUAUCUGACUAUGAAAAAUACUGUGAAUACUAUUACUUGUUAAUAUAAAACGACAAAUUAGAUCAGGCAAAAAAUUGCAUUAAUCGUAGUAUGGAUCUUAUCACAUCACUAAUAAGUUAGUUGGCCCAUUUUUCUCAAAGUGUCGACCAAUUUCAAAAAGUGUGUAAUGUUUAGGCUACCUGGAUAUUCUUCACAGGUAAAUAGAUACCUGUCCCCUUUUUUUAAUAACAGCCUUUAUAAAAAGAAGUGAAGAUUUGCUGAAACAAAACAUUUAAUGGUUUCUUACAAGUUUAAAGGUAACUCUGUAAAAUAAGAGUAUUAACAUUUUCAGACUAUUUUCCGCUACCUUUUUCACUUUACGUUUCUUGAUUUGAUGUCUUGAUGAAGUGUACAUUUUGUUCUGUUGUAUCACAUAAAUGGGAUGUGGUUAACUUUUCUAUUGUACUUCAUACAAUUUCUUU